AUGUCACGAUUUGGCGGUUAUGGAUCGGAGGGUUGGGGUAGCGAUGACUCUGGUCGUGAGACUGGGUCUCGGAGACAAAAAGUGAUGGGUUAUUUGAAAGCUGCUAAUGAGAUUCGUCAAACAUAUCAGAGUCAAUUAUCCCAGAAAUGGCAGGAAGCCUAUAAUGAUAGAGGGGUGGAUGCUCCAGGCGCGUUCCCGGAUUAUGAUAUUACAUCUUCUGGAAAGGAAGAGAUGCUGCUUUUUCCCAGUUAUGCCAGAAGACACGUGAAACGGAACAACACGAAUGGAAGUAAUGCACAGUCUCGAUUAUUGCCUGGUACUAAUGAGCGGAUUGAGCAAUCGAGCGAUACUGGUGAUGAGGACUUUUGGAGGGAAGAGUGGGAAAAAUACGAAGACAAUAAUGCGAUUGUGGAUGUUGAUGUGCGAGGAUGGCUAUAUACCCCUCAAAAUGGUCCUAUGAACCCGCUGCCCAUUAAUCAUCCUGUCCAGCGACAUGCUGCAAAGAGAGAAGAAGAAGAUGCCAACCGAGAGGCGCAGUACCUUAUAGACAAAGGUGAACAAGAUGCGGACGUGGUAUGGAGAAGCAACCAUGCAGAGAGGGACCCUGAUUUACCUAAACGUGUCACCCGUUCGUCGACCACUACAUUAUCACCUGAUAAGAACGAUGUCACUGUUUUGAACACAAAUCUUAUGAACAGGCUGAAGCCAUUCAUGCACAACCCAUCUGUCGAUACUCCCGUAACGCUGUUCUUUUACAACGAUCAGCAAAGCCAAUCGAGGACUACACUGACCAAUGAAUCGGGGCAUUUUAAUGUCAGAGCUGCUCUAGAUUUUAUUCCUACACAUGUUCGAGUACUAGCUUCUGAUCAUCUCUCUGUCACAGAAAAAGUGAAGAUGAUCAAGCCGACUGGUGUCAGCUUAAUCAGCGAUAUCGACGACACAAUUAAACAUUCCGCGAUUGCGAGUGGGGCGAAGGAGGUGUUUUGGAAUACUUUUGUGCGAGAUUUCAACGAUCUCACAAUUGAAGGGGUCAGGGAAUGGUAUGGUAAACUGCACGAUAUGGGUGUGUCGAUUCAUUAUGUGUCCAAUUCUCCGUGGCAACUUUAUCCACAGUUGAAACUAUUCUUUGAGAUGGCUGGUUUACCGAAUGGCUCUUUCCACCUGAAACAGUACAGCGGCAUGCUACAAGGAAUAUUUGAACCGACGGCAGAACGCAAGAGAAUGUCUCUAGAGAAAAUCGUGGGAGACUUCCCAGAACGCAAGUUCAUUCUUGUUGGUGAUAGUGGCGAGGCAGAUCUUGAGGUAUAUACGGAAUUGGUUCAACAAAAUCCAGGAAGGGUUCUCGGGGUCUUCAUUCGUGACGUUACGACCACAGAGAAGAAAGAAUUCUUCGACCAUUCGUUCGCUUCCCAGCGACGAUCUGGUUAUUCGACUCCAGCCUCUUCAUUUUCUAUUCGAGAUUCGUCCGAUCUCGUUGAAAAUAGGCCGCCAUUGCCGCCUAGGAAACCAUCAUCUCCACAAACCAUUGACAACGGUGAUCUGAUGAAUUUCGAGGAUGACUCUUCCGGUGAUGAUGCGGCAGAUGUAACAGAUAAACCUGCUGCAAAGGAGUCUCCCAUCAAGCCUUCGAAACCGGCAGGGCUACGAACAGUAGUCACAACGCCUGUACAGAAAAUGGAAAAGCCUGCAGAUGCUAUACGACGAAAACCUGCUCCACCUCUUCCCAGCAAACCGUCAAGUCUAUCCACUUCAACCGAAGCAGAGAAGAAGCCACCUCCACUCCCUCAACGCAGGCCAACAAAUGGAUCAUAUACUGAGGCGGUGAAAAAUAUAGCGAUGGAUGUAUAUAAUAAUUUACCCUCUACCAAGGACACACUCGAUUCUUUGAGUCAUUUAUCUCUCAAGCACGACCCCUCUCAAUCAGAAACGAUGGAAUCUACUUCAAAACGUGGUACCCCACCCCCUGUUCCUCCAGCACGUCGAGGUACAGCAGUCACAUCAACCUCCGCAGAACGGAAAUCCAUAACCAACACCCCUCCUCCACCUCCACCAACUCGAAAUAUAUCUCGCCAAAGCACAUUCCCGACUUCAGCAGUCUCUACAACGAGACAAACCGCCGCAACCAACGCCAUGAAUUCAUCCGCAUAUUAUGAAUACCCGGAACCAGCAGCGCCAAUCUUAAACAAGCGUGAGGAACUAUGGAGACGUCGCUGGGAACGCGCACAACAGAUUCUAUCUGAUCAGGGUGUUGUACUGGGUAGUUGGAGGGUUGGAUGUGAUGUCCAGGAUGUCACGGUUUGGCUUGUAGAGAACGCUAUGAAGAAGGAAAAAGAGAAGGAUGAUAAUAAGAGGGAAAUGACGUAACAAGGACUGUGAAUAACCACCUCUUGUAUGUAUUACGCUCUGGGUUUGUUUUUAUAGAUUUGUAUAUAAGAAUCUUUGCGUUUUGUACUUGAU